GUUGUUUUAAAAGCGCGGUGAGCAGACGUCUGUCAGGCGUUCGCCGAGUCGUGAAGAAAUUGUGAAAAGAAGAAAACCAACGCAAGUUAACAAUAAAAAACACGUUUUUUAUAUAAACGUUUUUGCAGCCUAACAAAUUAAUUAUUGAGCGCAACAGAUAAAUAAAAGAAAAGUAAAAUUAAAACGUAAAAAAGCCGCGUGCAAUUGUAAAAGCAGAAGAGAGAGAGAAAAAGACAGCAUCGUCGGCACCGACGUCAACUGCGUGCGCUAACGUUUUAACGGUGAAAUAUCAUUCACCUACAGCACUCUGCAGCCAAUAUUGCGUCGCAGUUUUUACCGUUGAAGUCACAAGCAGGCAGCAGCAGCAGCGCUUCUUGUAGCCGAAAAGCGAAUUGAAAUUCGUGGAGAAAAAGUGAAACAAAACGAACACAAGGACAUUUAUUAAUUAAAUCAACAACAAAAACGGCAAAAAUAAUAACGAAUAGUGACCAUCAUUUUAGCAGGAGAAUUGCGAUUUAAACAAAUACGAAUUUGUUUUUGCGCAGCUUGAUUUACACACACAUAGAUACAUCUAUAUAUGUAUUUAGCUGUAUAUAUGUAUAAAGCAUAUAUUCUCAAGUAAAGCGCCGCAAGGAAACGCCAUUGAACGCGCGGACGGCGCAGCCAGCGCGCUGUUGUCUGGCCGGGCGUGUGGAGGAGGAGGAGGAGGAGGAGGAGGUGGGUCAACAACAGCAGCAACAACAACCAACUGAAUCAGCAACUGUCGCUUGUCAAAGACAACAGCAGCAACAACAGCAACAACAACAACAAACACAAAACCCACCCACAUAUACAUUCACUCAGUCAUCUCUCCAUCUCGCUGUUAACCUCGGCACCAAAAAUGAUCUCAAACAAAAAGGCGUAUGCCAUGAAAAUGCUGCAGCUGGCGCUGGCCUUGAGUCUGCUGCAUGUGGACACGGAUUAUAUGCUGCUGCAGCAUCGCCUGCGACGCUGGGAUGCGCAGCUGGAGCUGCCGCAUGGCGAUGGCUGGGAGCUGGAAAUGUUGCGCACGGUGCCCAUAAUUGAGACGCAGCAACCGUAUGGCAAUCGCAAGGGCAUGAUGCCGCUGCUCGAGGAUCUGUUGCGCUACGAUGAUGAUCAUCAUCAUCCUCAUCAUCGGGCGGGCGCCAGCGACGGCGGCGGCAAGGAGUAUAAGCUGCCCACGGGCAGCUUCAAUGCCAGCACCCUGGUCAUGAAUCUGCACAAUACGACGGGCAACAGCAGCGUGCAGACCGCUGCACUGCAGGAUUUACAGAGUACUGCCGGCAGCGGCACCAGCUCAGGCAGCGCCGUGGGCGUGGGCAGCACCACGACGACAGCCAGCACAGCGGGCAGCGGUGCGGGCGCGGCAGGACUGGGUGAAAUCCACAUCAAUACCACGAGCAACAAUAAUACCCUGGCCGCCUCGCCCGAACUGGACAUAUUCCUGUCGCCCGACCUACUGCAGGAUCAGCGUUCGAUCUGGGAGCAGAAUCUGGCCGACUUGCAUGACUAUGGCGAUCUGCCCUACAGCAGUCCGUAUGCCCAUCUGCCGCUCAAGGAUGGCCAGCAGCAGCCGCACAACAGCACCCAGCUGGAUCUCAGUCUGGCUGCCUUCAUCCAUGGCUUUGCGGGCGGCGCCAAUGCGCUUGGCCAGCAUCAAGCGGAUGCUCCGAAUGCGCUCAACGACAGCACGCCACAUCCCAGCAAUUCGGGCAGCUUGACCGUGCAGCAAUUCGGACCGGAUUCGGAUGAGGAUGAGGAAGAGGAUCUGCUGUUGAGUCGCCUCUUCGGCGAGGAUAGCUCUGAUGCAGAGGCAGCCGCCUGCUCGGGCGUCGCGAAUGCCUGCGAAGUGGAGGGCUUGACCAGCGAUGAGCCCUUUGGCAUUGUCAACGAGGUGGAAGUCGUCGAGGAGGAGAGUGAAAUAGCCGAGGUACUUUACAAGCAGGAUGUCGAUUUGGGCUUUAGUCUUGAUCAGGAGGAGAUUAUUAAUGCCUCCUAUGCCAGUGGCAAUAGUGCUGUUAAGCAGCGCGCUGAAGAGGCGGAGAGCAAGAAGAAAAAACCCGAAGAGACCGAUAAGAAUGCCGAUGAUACCGAUGAUAUCGAGAAGUUGAAAGCCUUGGCAGAUCUGCAUCAAAAUGAGCCUUCGAUUGAUGAGAAGAAGCCGCCGCAAGACCUGGAUGAACUAUCGAAUGAAUGGAAUGGCAUACCCUUUACGAUUGAUAAUGAAACUGGUGAAUACAUACGCUUGCCGCUGGAUGAGCUGCUCAACGACGUGCUGCAACUGUCUCCCUUUCCACUUGUAGACGACGUGCUAAGCAACGAUUCGGUUGCAUCCACAUCGCAGGCCGCUGCUGCAGCUGCUGCUGCCGCAUUGAAUAGCAAGCCAGCGACGCGCAUUGUCUCCGAAACUGGUGAGGAUUUGGCCUUUGUGGAGCAGGAGUCGAUCGAUAAGGAUAACGAGGCCAGUUACUCGGCCAGCGAUUUUGAGGAUCUGCAGGACUCUGUGGGCUCGCCCCUGUUCGAUUUAGAUGACGAGGCCAAAAAGGAAUUAGACGAAAUGUUACAAUCAACCGCACCGCCCUACCAUCACGCCCAUCCCCAUGCCCAUGCGCACCACCAUCCGGCGCACCACCAUGCCCAUCAUGCCCAUCAUGCGGCCGCCGCGGCAGCGCAUCAGCGCGCCGUUCAGGCGAGCGCCAACUAUGCCAACACCAUGGGCAGUGGACCGGUCAGCGCCUUCCAGCGUCAGCCGCCCAGCUCGGCGGGCUAUCACCAUCAUGGCCAUCAUCAGGGCCGCAUGCCGCGCCUGAAUCGCAGCGUCUCCAUGGAGCGUCUACAGGAUUUUGCCACCUAUAUGGGCAUGGGCGUGGUCGGCGGCGUCUCCGAUAUGCCGCCCUAUCCGCCGCACUACACCAGCUACUCGUACCAGAGUCCAGCCGUGCCACCCAGCGCCCAGCAUGCCGCUCAGUACGGCCAGCCGGCUGCCACGUUGCCGCCACCACCGCCGCCGCCGCCACCGCAUCAUGGCCAUGGACACGGCCACCAUGCGGCCAUGCUGCAUGCCAAUUCGACGCUGGGCGAUCUCUGCUCGGCCGCCGGCGGUCAGCCCCACUAUGGUCACAACCUGGGCUCGGCGGUGUCCUCCAGCAUGCAUUUGACCAACUCCAGUCACGAGGUGGAUGGCGCUGCUGCUGCCGCUGCAGCCGCUGCGGCCGCUGCCAGCAGCAACUACAAAAUGGAACACGAGAUGAUGUAUUAUGCGAACACUUCUUCGGACGUGAAUCACACGGAUGGUUUAAUCAAUUCGUUUUUCAACGACGAGGAUCUUCACUUGAUGGAUAUGACGGAGAGUUUCUGUCGCAUGGUGGACAACAGCACGAGCAACAACUCCUCGGUGCUGGGCCUGCCCAGCAGUGGACAUGUGAGCAACGCGGGCAGCUCAACUCUGACCAUUGGGAGCCAUGCGAAUCCCAAUAGCGUAGCUGGCGUAGCUGUUGGUGGUGUUGCCUCUAUGAGCGGUGCAGCCGGAGCAGCAGCUGUAGCUGGUGCUGGUGUGGGCGUGGGCGUAGGCGUGAGCGUGGGCGCAGCUGGCGUGGGCAUGACCAGCGAUCUGUUGGCCAGCGCUGGUGGGGCACAGGGUGGCGGGGAUCGCCUGGACGCGUCCAGUGACAGUGCGGUCAGUUCGAUGGGCUCGGAGCGUGUACCCUCGCUCUCGGACGGCGAGUGGGGCGAGGGCAGCGACUCGGCACAGGAUUAUCACCAGGCCAAAUACGGCGGGCCGUACGAUUUUAGCUACAACAACAACAAUACACGCCAGCCGCCGGUGGCACAGAAGAAGCAUCAGCUAUAUGGCAAGCGGGAUCUGCACAAGCAAACGCCCAGCGCCUUGACUGCCACAGCGCCGCCAGUGGCAGCCACGCCGCAGCCUCAGCAGCAUCAGCAGCAACCGCAGGUGCAGAGCAUCAAGUACGAGUAUGAGGCGGGCGCGGCGGCCUUUACGGGCAUGCAGCGCAGCGGGGGCAGCAGCAGCGUGGGCGAAGCCGCUGCCAUGGCGCCGGUUCUGUCCAAGGACUAUCAUCAGGCGUACGGGAUGAGCGCGGCCAGCGCCUUUACAGCUGAUUACGGCAUGCCACGUGCACCCCUGACAUCGCAGGGCGUUGUCCAGCUGAAUCACACAUACGCACUGCCCCAAGGCAACGGAGCACUGCCCCAGGGCAGUGGCUCCCUAAGCAGACCGCAUCCGCGCGACAAGAAGCCCGUUGCAGGUAGUAAACAUGCCGCCAAGUCGGACAGCGGCAGCAGCAGUGCCAGCGCCAUGGAGGACGAGCAUUUGUCGCGGGACGAGAAGCGCGCCCGUGCUCUCAACAUACCCAUUGCCGUGGGCGACAUCAUCAAUCUGCCCAUGGACGAGUUCAAUGAGCGCCUGUCCAAGUACGAUCUGAGCGAGAAUCAGCUGUCGCUGAUACGUGACAUUCGGCGGCGUGGCAAGAACAAGGUUGCGGCACAGAAUUGCCGCAAGCGCAAACUGGAUCAGAUACUCACGCUGGAGGAUGAGGUCAACACGGUGGUGAAGCGCAAGGCGCAGCUGAAUCACGAUCGGGAUCAGCUCGAAACCGAACGCAAACGCAUUUCCCACAAGUUUUCCAUGCUGCAUCGUCAUGUUUUCCAGUAUCUGCGCGAUCCCGAGGGCAAUCCCUGCUCGCCGGCUGACUAUAGCCUGCAGCAGGCGGCCGAUGGUUCCGUCUAUUUGCUGCCGCGCGACAAGCCCGACAAUGGCGCCACGGCAACAGCUGCUUCCAGCGCGGUGACAGCCGGCAGCAGCAGCAGCAGUCAGCAGGCGGCGCUGCAUCCGGUGCAUCAGGGGCAUCAUCAGGUGCAGCCGCAGUCGCAGCACGUGCCACUGCAGCAGCAGCAACAACAACAGUCGCGCCUGCCACCACAUUUGCAGCAGCAGGCGCCGCAGCAUCAUCAGCAGCAGCUUUUGCCACAGCAGCAGCAGCAGCAGCAACAGCAGCAACAACAGCAGCAACAACAGCAACAACAACAGCAACAGGCGCCGCAUCAGCAUCAGCAUCACAAGGAAUGAAAAUAUCUGCUGCGUAUUGCCGCAACAACGAGUUGGUUGUCGAACUUUCAGCAGCAGCAACAGGAGCAGCAGCAGCAAAUGCAGCGGCAACAGCAGCAAGAGCAACAUUUGCAACAGCAACACUUGCAACAGCAGCAAUGUUGCGAGCAGGCGUACGAUUACCGUUACGAUUUAUACAACAACAGUUACCUGUACUACUGAGCCGUUGCCGCUCUUCGUCCUCUUCUUAUUCAACUUCUGCUUCUUCUGUUGCACGCAACAUGUUGCUGGCAACAUUUGGUUGCAAAACACGGCGCGAAAAACGCUCGUGCAUUUAACUGCAGCGGGCUUUACAGUUUUUCCUUUCAUUUCCCCCACCCCCUCCUUUCUACUUUCUAACUUAGUCAAAAUGUUUGUUAUUUAUUUUUAAAUUCUUUUAAAUUGCCUUUUCUUCAACAUUUUCUUUAUACAUAUAUAUAUAUAUAGUUUA